UCGUGACUAGUUGGCACUUCCAGAGGAUCCAGAGGAAUCCAGAAAACCAUCCGGGAAACCUAUCUCUGAGACUUUAAACGAUGCGGCGGGCGCUAGAAAUAAUUUAAUUCGAUUCCGGCAGUUACGCGCGCCGGGCCAAUAAAGAUUACUGAGUGAUACUUGAGAUUGAACGUUCGAUUGAGUUCAAUCGAAUUCACGUGCUCGUUUUCUUCGGGGAGGUUAAUUAUUGAGAAGGGUGCUUCAAUUUUGUGCGUGCAACAAAGCUCAAGAGGGAUUUGGAAGUACCCGAAAACCCUGCAACAAAUUUGUAAAAGAUGGAUCCGUCGGCUUAUUGAGCCGUAAAUCAAAAAUAUGAAAAGGGGCAGAUAAAAUUCGAAACAGAAGAGAAAUCCCGGUUUAAUGCGAAACAGGCUGCUGCAGCUAAUGGAGUUCAAUCUGUUGUUGUGUUGAUGGACUCACCCCCGCAUUUGUUGUUUGUUGGAAUCAUCUCAAUUGGCCGAAAAUUCAUUUUUGAUUCCACCGAGCGGGAUUACAGGAAAAAAAGCAGCCAACAAAUCUGCGAAAGAGUUUCCUGAGCAACCGGAAUAUGUGCGAGCGUUGAUGGUUUUUCCAAAUGAGGUGAAAGUGAUUCCGGAUGAAAAAUUGAUUAACGCAAUUAAUCUUUCAGCUUGUUUAGUGCUGAUAAAUCGGUGAAGCAUUUUGUGGUAGUGAUUAGUAAAAGUUAAAUUUCGCCAUUUCGUCCAGUUCAAAGUGUUGGAGAAAAUCUGUGUUUGAUUGCUGUGAUUUUUGGAGUUCGAGGUUUACAUGGAACCGGCAUACUUAAGGAUAUUAGAUUAGGACGACCAAAUUCGAAAAAAAAAUCUUCAAGUAUGGGCAUAUCCGAUGCGGUAUCCAUGCACUAUGCGAACAACUAUACCCUGAAUACUACUGACGUUGAAAUCAUCCAAAAUCACGAGGCCCUGUACGACGUUCCGGUGGGCUUGGUGGUGCUCCUGUCGGUGUUCUACGGGACCAUCAGUGUCCUGGCCGUCAUCGGCAACUCGCUCGUGAUAUGGAUCGUGCUGACCACCAAACAGAUGCAAACCAUCACCAACAUGUUCAUCGCCAAUCUGGCCCUGGCCGAUGUCAUCAUUGCCAUGUUUGCCAUCCCAUUCCAGUUCCAGGCGGCCGUCCUCCAAAGGUGGAAUCUGCCGGACUUUAUGUGUCCAUUCUGUCCCUUCGUGCAGCUGCUCAGCGUCAAUGUGUCCGUUUUCACACUGACAGCCAUCGCCGUGGACAGACACCGGGCCAUCAUCAAUCCACUCAGAGCUAGAGCAUCGAAAAACAUUUCCAAAUUCAUCAUCAGUGCCAUUUGGAUGCUUUCGUUUGGACUGUCGGCUCCAACUUUGUUUGCUCUGAGGGUCAUCCCGGUAUCAACUGUCAACAUCGGUGAUUCCAACGAAACCUACAUCAACAUUACGAAACCGUUCUGUCAGGUGGUUAAUUUUGAGCAGUCGGAAAUGUUGCUCUACCGAUAUAUUCUGACUCUGGUGCAGUACUUCAUUCCGCUUUGUGUCAUCAGUUUCGUGUAUAUCCAGAUGGCGCUCCGAUUGUGGGGCUCCAAGACGCCGGGGAAUGCACAGGAUUCCCGGGAUAUGACCAUGCUCAAAAACAAGAAAAAGGUUAUCAAAAUGCUGAUAAUUGUGGUUGCAUUAUUCGCAAUCUGUUGGUUUCCACUGCAACUGUACAAUGUUCUUCACGUAACCUGGCCAGAAGUGAACGAGUAUCGGUACAUCAAUAUCAUCUGGUUUAUGGCUGAUUGGUUGGCGAUGAGCAACAGCUGCUACAACCCUUUCAUCUACGGCAUCUACAAUGAAAAAUUCAAACGGGAGUUCCGCAAACGGUACCCAUUCCGGGGCUGCUGUUGCUUCGGCGCUUCCGGAUCCGGUCGAGGGGGCAGCAACUACCAUCAUCACGAUCAUUCGACCGACAAAACCCUAUCGAUGUUUACGCGCGUCAGUUCUGUUCGGUCGAAUUACGCCACCUCCUCGAUACGCAACAAGCUGCACCAUAAUAUCAACAACACCGGUAGUUGUGGGGGAGGUGCUGGAAUCGGGGGAAUCGGUGGAGGACUGGGGCGACCUUUGAGCGGAGCCGGCGGUUUAUUUGGGAAUGGCAGCAGCGGUUAUCAGUAUCACCAGAAUCACAAUCCGGUUUCGACGCAGCAACAGCAGCAGUUCAAAACGACUAAUCUUAUUAACUCUUAUGCUUCGGAAACUGGCUGCUCGGGACCGGGAGACGGCAAAAAGUUGUCUAAUCUCCGAUGGGAACCGAAAAUGUGUCCCUGCCGCCAGACGGAAGCAACCGUCGGGUGUACCUCGUCCUCGUCACCCAGAGCCAAAUUGCUAGACGAUAGCUGCGGGCCUCAGCCGGAUGAUUUACUGCCCUAUUCCAGGGACCGGAAUCGGGACUGUCGAUAUCAGUCGACGCCAAGUUGUGGUGAGCGAAGAUUAAAUAAUGCCGGAUCGAAUGACUUGUUGAUUUUGGACACGGAAGAUGACUGUGUUCGGGAUGGGGAUCGGCUGGAACCAAUCAGCCUGGAACAUCCCCAUCCUGAUAGUGUGGAUGACAACGAGGAUGACGACGAUGAGGUGAUGCCCCCCUCCUGUAACCAAAGGCAGCUUGACUGUGAUCUCAACGACACCAGACAGGAAUUUACACAACGAACUAGCAGCCGCCCCCCUGGUAAAGGUGCUGGGUCAAAUUCGGAUCGGUUUCAUAUUUACUGUAACGAUUUACAAAAUUUUAAGACGGCGUACAAUUAAUUAGCUAAUGUUCGUGAGGUUUUACGAUAUCAUCUGGAGCCGGAACGCAUUUGAUGAGUUGCAAAAAGUCUUAGCUGUGAAGGGCACAGGUAGUAGUAAAUUGGAUUCGAAACGACUAAAAAAAUUUCUCAUUUUUUUUUAAACUUAAGAAUCAAGACAUAAGUUCCAUUUUCCAUUUCCUUAGAAUCUUUUUAGAAAUCAUCCGUUCUGCAUAAGCCAAAAUAUUUUUCAAAGAAGAUACAUUAGAAGGUUGCUGGAUUUUUUUCAGCACGUAUCUGAGUCGUGCAAAUCCGGGCUAUUUUCUACAAACCUGACAAAAUCCAGGCAUUUUAUAUGUCAAAAAAAACUGGUGAAAUUUGGUCAAAACCUAAGAAUCACUCAUCAAAAAUCAAGAAAUUUUUUUUUCUUCAUCCAAAUUUAUCAGUAGAUUUUUAAUCGUAUUUGACUUUUAAAAACUUCGGAUGAUCGGACGUACAAAAAACACGUGCUUUGAUCCAUCCAAGUAUCAUUGUAGAGAUCAAUGCAAAGUCAGCCUAUCGACUUUGCUUCUUCUAGACCAGGGGUGUUCAGAUCAUUUGCUCGGCGGAGCACUUUUUAAAACCAAAAAUUUUGGCGGAGCACCUACAUUUUUGAAAGAAUGAUAAACCCGAGUAUUGAAAACUUGAUGAUAUUUAUCGUUUAAAUAAGAUGUGUUUUGCCAUCGUAGUCAAUAAAAUCAGAAAUGAAUGGUUAAUCUUAGAAUCGUCUUGUUUUUAUAGGCAAAAUAUGUGUCAUCAAAAAUUAAUGAUUUCAAUAGAACAAAUACGCUUACUUCGAAUCUAAGCUGUAACAAGUUUGGUUAAAUUUGUGUCAGUUGUAGCCUGACGUCUUGUUCCGCGUUUAGUCGGGCUCGGUAUUUUGUCUUCGUUGCGAUUUAUGUGGAAAAUGCAGACUCACAUGGACAAGUUGUGAAAAACGGCAAAAGAAUAAGUUUUGCUUUAUCGGACAAAAUUUAAAAUUUAUUUCUCAGUUGACACCAAUACUCUUCCAACGACUUUUUGGAUACGAAUCUUUCCUGAAGCUUUGAUUCCAAUGUCAUAUCUAAUCAUAAAAAUAGGCUUUUCCACGCAUUUAAAGUCUUCGAUCUUUUUAUUAUUUUAUGAUAUUCUUCGAGGAUUAUUUUCUGGAAGCUGUUCAACAGAUCCUGCGACAAAACAUUUUAAUCGUAAUUGUAAAUGAUUUCAUUAGACAUCAGACAUUAGAGCUUGUUAUUUGAAGUUUACACCAAGGAAUACAAAAAUAAAUUUAUCAACGAAAAGUGUCAUGAUUGUCAUAAUUCUUGGAAAUUUUCGGAUGAUAACUUCAAGGUUAUUUCUGAUUGAAUGCUUCUUAAAUUCGGAAAGCUGUUCAGGUUGCGCUUUUUGAGCGAUUCUGCCCAAAAUUUGAUUUUUCUCUCAAUGGUCAUGAUUUUGCCAAUUUAAUCGAAGAUUGUUAUUCUUUACCUUGCAUUGAAAUACUGGAGUCAUUCUUAAUUCAAACAGGUGCGAUAAAGUUUUUCUACGAGCUAACCAGCGAUCUUCGGUAUGAAUUACUUAGUAGCGUGGAAUGUUGGCUCACCAUCCCUUUGCACAACGCCUUGAAUAACCCUGAAUUUUUCGGUCGAGCCCUAAUAAAGUUGAUUAUUUUUACGCUUUCGGCCAAGACUUCCUUCAAAGAUGAUGAUAGUUUCCUCAUAGCGAGUGCGUGUCGAUGAAGGCUGUAAUGACUACUACCGCAGCUUUUGGUCUUUUCUUUGAUCUUGGCAACGAUUCCAGCAGUAUUUUGAACUAUAGCUUUCGCACCAAGUGCUCCGCGGAGCACGAUCUGAAAACCCCUGUUCUAGACAAUGAUACGGUGCGGGACAAAUGGUCUUGUGCGGCAAGAAGUUUUCUCAAAUCACGCUCUUGGCUUAUUUUCAACACUAUUCUUCCUAUUAGAAUGCAUAGUUUACCAAAAUGCCAUUAAUCAUUCAAAUAAAUCAUAAACAAGCGGUGAUAAUCUGUUAACACAUUAUCAGGGAUUGAAAUGCUCUUGCUCAAGCGGUUGAGCAUCAACGCUCUUGAAGCUCGUGUGCGAAGGAAGCUGCGAGCCAGUAUCCGCUCACCAAUAAAUGCUCGAGUUAAGCUCUAUCUCUUCUGGCUCUAAGAGAGAAGGUUUUGCAUUUUUCUUUGAGUAUGUUAGCUCAAGGACCCGAAAUUUCUUGAGCUUGCUUGUUCAGCAAAAUUGGAACGCUUAAGCCAAAGGAUGUGUAUGGAAGAACUUUGCUAUUGUGGUGCUGUUCGAGCCAACGCCUGCUUUCUUUAGGCACCAGUAACGAUGAAAGGGCUUGUUGCGAGGAUUAUUAAAAUGAAUGUUAGAGAGUUCUAGUAACUAGUAAACGUUACCAGCACUAGUAACUAUUAAAUAAUAAAAUUUCGAAAUUUCCGGGAGAAAUACCAAAUGAAAGGGCUUAUAGCGAGGAUUGUUAAAAUGAAUGCUAGAAAAUUCUAGUAACUGGUAAAAGUUACCAGCAUUAGUUACUAUGAAAUAGUAAAAUAUCGAAAUUUUCGGGAAAUACGCCAAAUGAAAGGGCUUGUUGCGAGGAUUAUUAAAAUGAAUGUUAGAAAUUUCUAGCAACUAGUUAAAGUUACCAGCACUAGUAAGCAUGAAAAAGUAAAAUUUCGAAAUUCUCGGGCGAUUCAUUUUAAUAAUCGUCGCAACAAACCCUUUCAUUUGGUGUUUCUCCCGAAAGUUUCGAAAUUUUACUAUCUCAUCUUUGCUAGUGCUGGUAACUUUUUAUAGUAACUAAAACUCUCUAACAAUCAUUUUAAUAAUACUCGCAACGAGCCCUUUCAUUACUUGUGUACAAAAAAAUCAGGCGUUGCUCAACAAACUCAAGCUCCUCUGGAUGCAUGAACUAGCGGACUCACGAACCAAGAAAAGAGCUAAGGUUUCUUGCAAAUUAGAGCUCAGAAAUACGAAGCUCCGGAGACAAAAACGAUGAGCUUCGUCGAUUGCUUUGUGAGCGGAGCUAUGAAAUAAUUGAGCAAUGAGCUUAAUUUUCAAACCCUGCACAUUAUAAUCAAUAACUUGCUGACCCGGUUAACGUUACCUUUCACUUAAUAAAUCGUUAUAAUAAUCUACACGUCUUUAACUUCAAUUUUCAUGAAAAUCGUCAUAAAAUAGUUCGAGUUGUUUUUGUUAAGUUCUUCAAGCUGAUUUUGCUCUCUUCCAUAAAAAGUGACAUUCUUGAGGCUUUUAUAUAAACCAUUUCUGUCUAGAAAAUUCCUCGGAUACGAAUUUUCACCUCAUUCCGACCGCCCGUUUAUACGUUAUUAUGGUGUUAGAAAUAACCCAGCAAACAUUCAAGAGGGUAUAUCGCAGGAACAAAAGAAUUAAUCAAACGAAUAUACCAGAGGAAAAGAUUGUAUAAAACUUACCAAAAUAGCAUAUAGCUAUAAAAGUGGAGGCGAUAUAUCUACAAUGACAAGAUUUUAACGAUUCGAUUUCCCCACAAAAAGCAAAAUAUACGAUUUGAAGUAAUUUGAAUAAAACAAAAAAAAAAUUUCCCCGACCGGGAUUUGAACUCCAGCCUCCGAGAUGUCUGUCUGGUGUCUUACCACGAUGCCAACUGAAAUGAUUCGCGCUAUAGCUCUAUAUGUAAGAUUUUCUGUUCACGAACCGGUCAAAGGAAGAAAGAAGGAAGGAUCGCCCAUUUAUCGUAAAUCAGUUUAGGCGUCAUCCAUAAAUUACGUAACGCAAAAAUUGCACUUUUUUGACCCCCUCCCCCCCGUAUGUCACAAAUCGUAACGCUUCGACGUACCCCCCUAUGAAAAUUACGUAACGCCAACAAUUACCCCCCCCCCACCACCCCAAGUUCUUAUGUUUAAAAUACUGAUUUUCAAAAAUCAAAAAAAGAUUUUAACAUACAUUUAUUUAACGUUCCUCAAAACGGAAAUAAUAUCUGUCCAAAUCGCUUCUUAUUGAUGAUAACUUUCUAAUAAAAUAAAUAAUUAAUUGUCUUAUUACAAGUUGCUCUGUGAUUGUUCACUGAUGAUCUACCUUGUAUCCUUUAUUUUGUUUAAGGAGCAUAACUUUUUAUGCAAAAUUUGCUCCAUUUAGUAAUAUUCGGCGGUGAGAAAAAAUUGUAAAAUAUAAUCUAAAAAGUUUGUAUUGAACUCUGUAAAUGUCUCUAAUAUUCGAUUUCCAACGGAUAUUUCACGGAUAUUCCAUACACAUGUCGGAGUCUGUCUUAGAAUCUUUAAAGACGAAAGGUUACAAAUCAGUUUCAAUCUUGUUGAAGCUUACACAUUUUAAGCUUAUUUUGGUUUGUUUAUCAUUCUGCAACAAUUGUAUGACAUCAAAAUAGCUGCGAUUAAGUGAACUAAAAUUUUUAAUAAAAAAAAUCGUUACGUAACGAUGAGCAUACCUCCCCCCCUCCCCUAUGUCACAAUUUGUCACGCUCGAGCUUACUCCCUCCCCCCCCCCCUAGGAGCGUUACGUAAUUUAUGGAUGCCCCCUUACUCAAAUCGUAAAUGUCGAAUUAGCUUAUUCUCAACUAUUUGGAGACAUAUUUACGAAUUGACUAAACUGCUAUCCGAUUCAACUUUUUUUGGGCAAAGCUUGUUGUAAAUGAAUGAUAGAAAAUCACUCAAUACCAACUUGUUUACGGUGGUUAUUAAAAAUGUCUAAAUAUUCGAUUUAGAUUAUCAUUUCUAUUACGAUUUCACGUUAGCUGGGAAAACGCCUCCAUUUUUACCUAUAUAUAAAAUUCUUAAAUCACACAGGGGAAGAGUCUUCCUGGAAGACCAUUUUUUAUGAUUAAAUAACUAACUCUUAAAGAGUUUGGCGACCGGAAUUCGAAACAUUCGUCAGAUUUUGUCAAUUAUACUCAGUGUUGAUGAAUAGGCGUUAAGAAAUUUAGAAAUCCAUCAGUUAAGAUUAAAAUUUCAUUUCUCGUUCACCGAGGUGGAAUUGGGUAGCCCGCCGGCGUCGUACUGAAGCGUAAAUAUCGGGUUCAAGUCUCGUCGGUGAGCCGUUGUACCUUUUUUCCAAAAAUUCAUGAUUCUUUCAUUCUUUGAUACCUCAUGUUUCUGUAAUACCUUCGAAAAUUUGAUAAUUUCCAGGUUUGAAAUUGUACCAAGCAGACGUGCGUAAUCUUGCUUCGGGAAAAAUCGUUAUGCUGAUUCCUCUCGAUUUCAACGCGCAAUAAGCAGAUUGAUUUUAUCUUACUCGCAAUAACGUCAAUGCGCACAAAACGAAGAGAACAGUUCAGCAUUGAUCAUCUCCCGUUCUCUUGUCCACUUUUAGCCACGCCCCGCUGCGUUGUCCGAUUGAUGUGUUCGGCUGCCGAAGGAAUACGAGUUUGAAUUUUGAAUUCGCAGAACUGUACGUUCGUUUCAGCGUUGCCAGAUUGCAAAGCUCUCAAAUCCAUAGGUUUGGCGAAAAACGAAAAAUUUUGGUACUGAUUUUGAUCUUGAUGACCUUUCGUUUAUACGUAUUCCCUGACAAUUUUCGAUAAUCCGUAUAAAAUUCGUAGGGAAAACUAAAUGCGAGGGUUUCGAACAUCCAUCCAUAGAUCCGCAGAAGUGCUCAAAAUCCGAAAAUCUUCGAAAAAUCCAUAGAUCUGGCAACGCAGGUUCGUUUUGCUGAUGUUUCCUUUGAUUGCAGUUAACUUGAAUGAUUUAUCCGAAGCUUAUUUACUGAUGCUUUCCAAGUUGAACCUAUCGAUAGUAUCAUGGAAGUCAGGGUUGCCAAUUUUUUUUUUUCAAAAUUCAGUGACAUGCGAAAUAAAAAUGGUUAAACGGAAAUUUCGGUCAAAGCGGGAACCAUUUUUUGUUUUUGGUUAUCAAUCCACAUUUAGACCUCCACUUAUGUCAAUAAUCCCAAGUAACAUCGAUAGUUCUAUAAGACUCCUCAAAUCCCUUAUAAAACCAAAACUUUAUCUCGUAGCCUGCUAUAAAACUUUAAAUGUUACUUGGGAAUGCCUUUCCGUACUACUCAUUUUCCAUCAUAUUCAAGAAAAUCAGGGAAAAUCAGGCUUAUUUCCAAAAAACCAGGGAAAACAGAGGUCAUGUUAUCAGGGCCUACAGAAAUCAGGCAAUCCCUAAAAACCAGGCACUUUGGCAACCUUGAUUACAGUUCGAGAUUAACGAAAUGGAAUCGAUCUGCAAAUAUGGCAAAGUGCGAGUAUGUAGCCUUGCGAUUUGAACACAUUGCGGACCAGCUACGAGAUAUUUCGUUUUUUCGCUGGCCGCUAGCGUGCUAUUUUAAGCAGCAUAAUUAAAAUUCUUAGGUUUUGGUCCAGUUACUUUUUAGAUAUAGAAUGCCAAAUUUAAUUGUUUCCCAGCUUACAAUUCUUCGCGGUCCUUAAUGUGCAUGUCUGGUACCAAGACGAAUUAAUAACAUUUGAUUGAACUACAGGAUUCAAAUUCCAAAAUCAGUUUAUGGGGUCAAGAUCCUGAACCAAGAGUACAAUCAAAAUGAACGAAACAAUAUUAAAAUUCAGGAUCCAGAAUCAGAGAUAGUUUUCUCGAUCACUAUCCAAGAUCCAUUCAGUUUCCAGAUCAUUAUUGAAAUGUGGUUUUCAGGAUCAGAAUCAGGCUUCAUGAUCCAGAAAAGAAGUUGGAUGUUUCAUGGUAAGGAGAACGUCGGAAUCAAUAUCAGGAACAACUUUGUAAAAAGGAUCAAAAUAUAGUUUAGGAUUAGAUUUAGGCCAAUAUACGGAUACGGAUCAAGUCGUGAUCAGGUUGAACAUCAUGAUCAUGAUCUUAAUCAAGUUUAAAAAACAGGAUCCUAAUUGGGUUCAUACAACAUCAAAUUUCUGGUAAGGUUCAGAAAAAGGAAUAAAAUAAGGAUUUAUAUAGGUAUCAGAAUCAAGCCCCAGAUCGGAAUUCAGGAUCAGGUUUCAGAUUGGGAUCACAAUCAGGAUCAGAUUUCGUUUUGAAAUCAGAAAAACAAUCUCUUUCUAGUGAACUUUUUGCACCUUGAUUUACGGGUUAUUGAGAUUCAAAAAUUCUCAGAAAUUAUAAUUUAUUAUAACUUCUAUUCAACCCUUAUAUUACCAGACGACCUCCUAGUUACGAUUAAUAAGUCGAACUUCACAAGAUUAUCCAAGAACUUCUCAACUCAUAUACGACCAGUAAUAACUGAAUAAAGGUAAGAUCAGUCGUAUCACUGCAGAAUAUGAGCAUUUUGGCGAGAACUUCACCAAACUUUCAGGCCAGCGAAUAACAAAUGAUGUAUUUCUUCAUGAAAAUUUGAAUCUUGGAAAAAAUAAAAAUAGCAUAAAUUCGGGUGUCCAUGAUAGAAAUACCCUUUCGUCAAGCGAGCCAUAAUGUUUUUGACUGUUGUGACCCCCUUUCUUUGCGUAAGCAAAACAUGGAAAUUUUUCUUGAAAUUCUAUAAUAACUGUGACUUUCCAAAAAUUUCCUCAAAACUCGGUGAAAUUACAGAUUUUUCUGUGAUUUCGGCAAACUUUCAAAAAAAGUCACAUCGCAAAAUUUUCAUAUAAAAUGCUGUUUGCUAUAUCUAUUGCUCAUUUGCUUAAAAUCUGGGCGACAAUUUCAGUAGAAAUUUGUUUUCGUUUCGAAUUUCAUGGUUUCAACAGUUUGCCGACCCCUGACACAAAAUUGAUGACCGAAUCGUUUAAAAUGGUGCAUUAAACUUCUCUUGUAGAUAUUUUCUACAGAUUCUUCUUUAAUUUAUUUUCAAAAAUUUUCAGGUUUCGCAACAUUUUUUUUAUUAUUUAGUUAAAUAACCGGAACAUUCACGAUGGCUGAAAAAUGUAUUGUAUAUUUGUAUCUUUCAAUUUUGAGUUUUUUUGUUCGUUUUUUGUUAAUGCCUUCUCAGUAUUUGCGAUAAAAUUCUUGCCGAACAAUCUUAGAGUAAGCUUGCAAAGUUGUCCGAUUUUACCUGGACAUGCCCGGAUAUUUAACACAAGAUUUGGGAGAAAUGCGGUCCGACCCAGGUUGCCCGGAUUUCACUGUAAAAGGUUGGAUUUUGUUCGGAUUUAUUUGUAAAAUUAGACAAAAACCUCAAUUUGUGUUUUUUAUUUACUUUUUUUUUGCGUCCAAAAAUAAAUAUCAUAAAAAUAUCAAAGACCGGUUUUCUGGAAUUAAAAAAAAAUCAUUCAAAAUCUGCUGAUGCUUUUCAAUGAAAAAAAAAAUGUUUGAAGUGUUUUUCUUUUUGGUUUUUGUUGAGUAAUUUCUGGGUUUUGGCAAAAUUUUCCCGGAUAUUACCCAGAUUUUUGGUUGAAAGUGUUAUUAUCAAAUGUCCGGGUUUGGCCAGAUUUUAGACAAAAAAGCCCAGAUUUGCUUGGCAAUCUGGCAACUCCUAGAGUUAGACUAAGGGGUCCAGUUUGUCCGGUUUUCUUCGAGUUAACCCGAAUAUUAAAUUCAAAAUUAAGGAACAGUCCGUCAUGGCCCUGUUGCCCGGAUUUCAUUGAAAAAUGACCGGAUUCUGCCCGGAGUUAAUCACUUUUUUUUCCUGUUGGGGAGAGAGUCCACUGCGACCAUUAAGUUGAUCUAUUGUGGUAUUACCCCGCGUUAUUAUUUUUACUUUGCUAUGCUACUUGACACCCCUGCACUAUUGGUUGAAGUUACAGUUGUUUACCGGUAGCACUACGAGCACACACAUAUCUAGGUAGGAUCUUCAAGUGCAAUCUAAGUUCCCUUGAAAAGAUCCAUCCACAUGCAUGUGCUGCUUCAUUGAGGCGUACAAUUCCAAGGUAUACCCGGCUAGCAUUUCACUAAUGCUGAAACCGCCAACCUUCAUCAUACUAUGUGUACCAGAUUAUGUCACGACCGGGAUUCGAUCUCAUGAACGUUGGCUUAGAAGACAAGUAUGCUAUGCUUCAGGCCACGAUCUGCUGGCUAGUUAAUCACUUUACUCAGCAAGUAAAAAAUAAAAAAAACUAAAUGUGUUGUAAUUUUUUUUUAUGUUUUCCUCUAAAACGAAACUCAAUGAGGGAGUUUUAUUUAAAAUUAUUAUGAAAGAUUUUUUUGGAAGUCUUAAAUUACAUUUAAAAUCUUUCGUUGGGUUUGGAAUAAAGAAAAAUCCAUUUUUUUCUUGAUUUUUGUUGAUAUACUGCUGAGUUUUGCUAAAUUUGCCUGUAUAUUGCCUUAAUUUGAAAUUUGAAAACCUUGAAAUCAAAUUCCCGGAUACCAGGUCUUUCUAUAAAUUGCAGCCCGGAUAAGAGCUGCAAAAAUUUCGGCAACCUUCAGUUAGUCAAGUAAGCUUUCUAAUGAUAGCAUUGUCCAUCAAUUGCGUUCCGGCUCUACCAAAGAUAGCUUGCAUUUUGGUAUACGAACCUGAGAAAAGCACAGCUUUUCAUGGCAGCUUUCCUGCUUACCAAGUAGUCAAAUGUACAAAUUAUUCUCGAAUGAAGAUUGAUCAAUUGCAGAAAAACAGAAGAAAAAACAGAUAAAUAUUUAUAUGUAUUUCUCGCCCAGCUUGCGAGAGCUAGGAUAAAACCGAAACCACGGAAUGAUACGGAAGGAUCAUUUAUUUAUUGAAGUUUUAUUCAAUCCUGACGUGUUUGUAGCGUUAAGAAUAGGAUGAGAAAGUUGUUCCACCGAUAUGUCCUGUCUCCAUCGGAGAUUUUGAGUGAAAGAAGGAAAACGAAACCGAAAAUGAGAAAAAUAUAAUAAAUGU